UCUCAAGGUUGGCAAGUAUGGAAGCCACCGCCAAGAAAUGUACACUGAACAAAAAUAUAAGAGCUAAAACUUUUACUAUAUACACCAAAGACCUAUUCCUCUCAAAAAUGUAAUUAAAUAAAUAUCACUUAUAUAAAAUAUAAAUAUUUUUCAAUUCAAUUUUGGAGGAAAUUUUUUUUCUGUAUGAUUACAAUCAUAUUCACCAUUUUCUUAGGUAAAAAUCGCUAAUCAAAUACAGGGCAAAAAAAACUACCCUACCACAAAAUGAUAUUUUCGUGUGGGUUUGUAUUUUAUGCUUCUCUAUAUUUUUACUUAUUCUGAUGUACAGCCCUUUGUUUUUUAACUGCAGUUUUUGUUAUAGAGCGUUUAAAAAUGAAGUUCAUACUGGGUGUGGUGUGUUAGUGCAGCAAAGUGCAUAAUCAUACUGACAAUUUGUGAAGUGCCCGUGACACUACGGUGGGCACACACUUUAAAAGGCACUUACCUAAAAGCCAAACACAGUACAUGCAGUAGAACCCUGUCAUCCAUAACAUUACACACACCAAAUAUAUUAAGGUUUUUUGAAAAAAGUUCAUCAAAAUUAGUUUUCCUGGCAGCCUAUCUCAGCUGCAUUCAGGUGGAACGUGGGUUACACCCUUGACAAGUCGCCACCUUGUCGCAGGGCCAAUAACAUUUCAAAUGUAAUCUGCGAUGAGUUGGCGACUUGUCCAGGGUGUACCCUGCCUUCCGCCCGAUUGUAGCUGAGAUAGGCUCCAGCACCCCCCGUGACCCCAUAAGGGAUAAGCGGUAGCAAAUGGAUGGAUGGAUGGAUGGUUUAAAGUAUAAAUGAAACUUCAAAUGUGUCAGUGCCACACCUCACCACAAGUGACCAUUUUGUGGACAGUUCCAAGUGAACAAUGUGGACUGCACCUGUUUUCUACGUUAAUUACAUUUUAAUGAUUUAACUCAAUUAGCUAAUUAAAUUAAGCCUUUAAUGUUUGGGUUUUUUUGCGGAUAAUCGUUGCAUAAUUAACAUACAGAACAUUCUAGGGCUGUGUCAAGUUAACAUAAAAAGGUGGCUCAAAGUCGUCCUCAGCAUAAAGCAUCUUCACUGCAAAGAUGCAGUUUACUCUCUUCCUCCUCUGUGGGAUCAGUGGACUGAUAGCUGGAACUUGGGCUGCGCCUGCAGAAAAGAAAAAAAAAGAUUGCUGUCCUCCGGGAUGGACUCAGGUGGAAGGCCACUGUUACAUCCUGCAAGAGGAUCCCAGGAUUUUUUCUGAUGCAGAGAGAGUAUGCAACGCUCUUGGUGGGAAUCUGGCCUCAAUCACCGAUGCGGUUAAAAAUGCCGCCGUGACUCAACUGGUUCGGAAUGGCGGUUUCCGGCCCGCCUGGAUUGGACUCACUGAUGCAGUCACGGAGCAAGUCUUUGUUUGGACCGACGGCAGCCCCUUUGAUUUCCGGAGCUUUUUCUCAUCUUUCUUUUUUGGUGACUGUGUGUUCAUCACUUCAUCUGGUCGAUGGGUCACUUCACGUUGCUUCUUCAGGUUCCCCUUUGUUUGCGGCCAAGAAGCGUGCUGUGAUCCUCACUAAUCAGCCCAUCACAUCUUCCAGAACACGACCUCUUAACUUUUUCAACACCGGGGCCCAACUUUAUGGUUAUGGUUUAAGUUUACUUCGAACAUGCAUACAGUUAAAAUGUGUACAAUGUUUACUUUAACGGUUCAAAGUACUGUUUAGUUCAGUAGCCACCAAGAAAUAAAAAAUAUAUCCAAAUCAAUUGGUUUCUGUUGUUCUUUAUGGGAGGUUACAGAAAUAUGUAGCCCAAGCUAUUUCCAUUUAGAAAGUUUCAAAUAUGAACCCCUAACUUGGUUGGAACAGACAAAUGUAUACUGCAAAA